CUCUCCCCCACCCCGGCGGUUCCCUUUUCUUUUUUAAAUCGCGAUCGCCAUGUCGAAAGUGAUCCAAAAGAAAAACCACUGGACGACCAAGGUGCACCAGUGCACGGUGAGCCGCGGCGCUCCCGGCGAGCUGGGGAUCCCCAUCCUGGGGGGAGCGGAGUAUGGAGAGUUUCCUUACGUCGGGCCGGUGGCCGCGCCCGAAGGGGAGACGGGCGGCGAAGGGAAACUGAGCGAAGGGGAGCUAUUGCUGGAGGUGCAGGGGAUCCGGGUCUCGGGCUUGCCCCGCUACGACGUGCUGGGAGUUAUCCGGAGCUGCAAGGACCCCGUCACUUUCAAAGCCGUCAGACAAGGAAGUCGUCUGAACAAAGAUCUGAGACAUUAUCUCAACCAGAGGUUUCAGAAAGGAUCUCCGGAUCAUGAGCUGCAGCAGACUAUUAGAGAUAACCUUUAUCGCCAUGCGGUGCCUUGCACGACCCGUCCUCCACGAGAAGGAGAAGUGCCUGGUGUGGAUUAUAACUUUCUAACUGUGCAGGAGUUCCUUGAACUUGAGAAAAGUGGGACUCUUCUUGAAGUAGGAACAUAUGAAGGUAACUAUUAUGGAACACCCAAGCCUCCCAGCCAACCCCUCAGUGGGAAAGUGAAUAACACGGAUGCUUUGCAAAGCCUCCAAUCCGGCUCCAAGCAGUCGACCCCCAAACGAACCAAGUCUUACAAUGAUAUGCAAAAUGCUGGCAUAGUGCAUACGGAGAAUGAAGAGGAAGAUGACGUCCCUGAAAUGAACAGCAGCUUUACAGCAGACUCUGGUGAACAAGACGAGCACAAUACACACAGUACGAGAGAGACAGCUCCCCCACCUGUGAAUAGCAGCAUCACAACCGUUCCCACCACGGAACCUUCUCAGAAGCUCCCUCAAUACCUACCUCCUUGUGCAGAGGAAAACUUGGGUCCUCUGCCCGAAAACUGGGAGAUGGCCUAUACAGAGAAUGGAGAAGUCUACUUUAUAGACCAUAACACUAAAACUACGUCUUGGCUAGACCCACGGUGCCUGAAUAAACAGCAAAAGCCUCUAGAAGAAUGUGAAGAUGAUGAAGGGGUACACACGGAGGAACUGGACAGUGAACUAGAACUACCUGCUGGUUGGGAAAAGAUUGAAGAUCCUGUAUACGGUGUCUACUAUGUAGAUCACAUCAACAGGAAGACACAAUAUGAGAAUCCAGUUCUGGAGGCCAAACGGAAGAAGCAGCUUGAGCAGCAGCAGCCACAGCCAGCACCCCCAGAAGAAUGGACAGAAGAGCAUCCCCCUCUUGCCCCUCCUGCUGUUCCAAACCAUGUUCCUAACAACCAGGAGACAGUUCGAGAUGCUCCAGUACAAGGUAAAACAUUGCAAGAUAGAAACCCUUCUGAGCUGAAAGGGAAGUUCAUUCACACCAAACUGAGGAAAAGCAGCAGGGGGUUCGGUUUCACCGUUGUCGGAGGGGACGAACCAGAUGAGUUUCUUCAGAUAAAGAGUUUGGUUCUCGACGGCCCUGCUGCUCUGGAUGGCAAAAUGGAAACAGGGGAUGUUAUUGUCAGUGUGAAUGACACAUGUGUGUUGGGCCAUACACACGCGCAAGUUGUGAAAAUCUUCCAGUCAAUUCCCAUUGGUGCCAGUGUGGACCUAGAACUGUGCCGAGGCUAUCCUCUGCCUUUUGACCCAGACGAUCCUAACACAAGCUUGGUGACAUCUGUGGCCAUUUUGGAUAAAGAACCAAUCAUUGUGAAUGGGCAGGAAAAUUACGACUCUCCAGCAAGCCAUGGCAGUAAAACUGGGAAAGUAAACGGGAUGAAGGAGCCAAGGCCUAGCAGUCCUGCCGAGAUUUCUUCGAAUGGAUCCCAUGGCUACCCUAACGACACCGUCUCUUUGGCUUCCUCUAUAGCAACGCAACCUGAACUCAUAACUGUACAUAUAAUUAAAGGGCCCAUGGGCUUUGGUUUUACUAUAGCAGACAGUCCCGGGGGCGGGGGACAGAGAGUGAAGCAAAUUGUUGACAGCCCAAGGUGCCGAGGCCUAAAAGAAGGGGAUCUUAUAGUCGAAGUCAAUAAGAAGAAUGUGCAAAAUCUUACACACAACCAAGUUGUGGAUAUGCUGAUUGAAUGUCCUAAAGGAAGUGAGGUGACACUGCUCGUGCAGCGAGGAGGACUGCCAGCCCCAAAGAAGAGUCCAAAGUCGCAACCACUUGAAAGGAAAGAUAGCCAAAACAGCUCUCAACACAGCGUCUCCAGCCACCACAGCACACACACUGCUUCGCCUGUCCACAGCACUCAGGUGCUUCCCGACUACCCUGCCCCUGAAGCGCCAGCUGUAGAUCAACCAGACAACGCUGGGCAGAAGAAGCCAGAUCCAUUCAAAAUCUGGGCCCAGUCCAGGAGCAUGUAUGAAAGCCGACUUCCAGAUUAUCAAGAGCAGGAUAUCUUUCUGUGGAGAAAGGAAACUGGGUUUGGAUUCAGGAUUCUUGGCGGCAAUGAACCUGGGGAACCUAUUUACAUUGGUCACAUCGUGCCACUGGGUGCUGCAGAUGCUGAUGGUCGCCUACGAUCAGGGGACGAAUUGAUCUGUGUGGAUGGGACUCCCGUGGUCGGGAAGUCGCAUCAACUUGUAGUCCAGCUUAUGCAACAGGCAGCCAAGCAAGGCCAUGUCAAUUUAACCGUCAGGCGCAAAGUGGUGUACACAGUUCCAAAAGCAGAGAACGAGGUGCCAUCUCCAGCCUCAUCGCAUCACAGCAGCAACCAGCCUGCUUCUCUGACAGAGGAGAAGCGGACUCCACAGGGAAGCCAGAACUCCCUCAAUACUGUCAGUUCAGGCAGUGGCAGCACCAGUGGAAUCGGAAGUGGAGGAGGUGGUGGGAGCGGAGUGGUCAGCACGGUGGUGCAGCCCUACGAUGUGGAAAUUCGCCGGGGAGAGAAUGAAGGCUUCGGCUUUGUCAUUGUGUCUUCGGUUAGUCGGCCAGAAGCUGGAACAACUUUUGCAGGCAAUGCAUGUGUGGCCAUGCCUCACAAAAUAGGUCGGAUUAUUGAGGGAAGCCCAGCAGACCGCUGCGGGAAGCUGAAAGUGGGGGACCGGAUAUUGGCUGUUAACGGAUGCUCCAUCACCAACAAAUCACAUUCGGACAUCGUCAACCUAAUUAAAGAAGCCGGGAAUACAGUUACUCUGCGCAUUAUUCCAGGGGAUGAGUCCUCCAAUGCUACUUUAUUGACCAAUGCAGAAAAAAUUGCAACAAUUACAACCACGCAUACUCCUCAGCAAAUACCACAGGAGACCAGGAACAACACAAAACCAAAGCAGGAGUCCCAGUUCGAUUUCAAGCCACCCCCAGCUUCACAGCCGGACCAGGAUUUUUACACAGUUGAACUUGAAAGAGGAGCCAAAGGUUUUGGCUUUAGCCUGCGAGGCGGCCGAGAAUAUAACAUGGAUCUCUACGUGUUGCGGUUAGCAGAGGAUGGCCCUGCUGAGAGAUGCGGGAAAAUGAGGAUUGGUGAUGAAAUCCUGGAGAUCAAUGGAGAAACUACAAAGAACAUGAAGCACGCCCGGGCCAUAGAACUGAUUAAAAAUGGUGGCCGCAAAGUUCGCCUCUUUCUCAAACGUGGAGAUGGUUCUGUACCUGAAUAUGACCCCAGCAGUGACAGGAACAGUCCAGCCACAGGUUCACAAAAUGUAUCGGAAGUGAAAAACAUGCCAUCUGACAGACGACAACACUCAUCAUUGGAGCCCAGUUAUCCACCAGAUCUUCACAAAUCAUCACAACAUGGAGACAAGCGGAUAUAUUUUAAGGACCCAAAAGGCAGCAAAGAGUUUGGCAGACAAUCCAAUGAACACCACACUUGGAACGGAACUUCUAAAAACAGCAAUAGCACAGCAGGCAGGAAAAAAGACAGGUCACCAGAAGGGAGGCGAGACCGACCGUCAGACAGAGUGGUGAUGAUCAACGGACAGAAACGGAAAUCUCCAGAGAAGAGAAGGGAAGGGACAAGGAGUGCUGAUAAUACUUUAGAGAGAAGGGAACGGCAUGAGAAGAGGAGAGACUUUUCUCCAGAGAGACGAAGAGAAAGGUCUCCAACCCGCAGGAGGGAUGGCUCACCUAGCAGAAGGAGGCGGUCACUUGAGAGGCUGAUGGAUCAAAGGAGAUCACCAGACAGGAAGAGAGAGAGCUCACCCUCUGAAAGGAGGGCAAAGUCAACUGACAGGAGGAGAGAGAGGACCCCAGAACGGAGGAGAGAGAGGUCUCCUGACAAAAGGAAUAGAGAUGACAAAGUUGGCUUCAGGGAGAAGGAAGAAUGCACUCUAAAAUAUGACACCAGUAAAAAUAACAGGCAAUCCCUUGAGCAAAGAAGGAGACCCUACAAAGAGUGCAGUACUGACCUCAGUAUCUAAUGGGCUUUGUAGGCCUAUGAUACUAUUGCGGCCUUUCCCAGCAUUCAGAGUUCAUAAGAAGGAAGGUAGCAAAUCUGAAUCCAUUUUAGUUCCUCAUGUCUAAUGCCUCCAAGAGCAAAAAUCCAAAUA